GGAUAUUAUGUGUUCGUUGAAUUUUGUUACAUGUUAUGAGCGCUUUUGGAGCAUACACGUUCGCAGCAAACGUAAAAAGUUGAGAGCGCGCAAAAGCGGCGCAGAAGAUGAGCGCAGGCAUUGGCACAGCUUUAAGGCGAAGAGGAUACACAAGCUUAGCGCAUAAUGUAUGUUCAUGUAAGUUUAUGUAUGUUUAUGUAAGUUUAUGUAUGUUUAUGUAAAUUUAUGUUUAUGUAUGUUCAUGUAUGUUUAUGUAUGCGUGUAUGUGCGUGCCCCCCCCUCCAUCCGCUUCGCGCAUUUGUGACUGCGUACAUUUCCCUCCGCGCGAACUGCACAGCUGCCGAGCGUGUAAUGAAUCGCUGCCCCUGGAUGUGGGAGAGGCCCAACGAGUUGACGGCGCCGUACCGGCUCACGCAGCACGUGGCACACCGCCCAGCUUAAGCGGAAUUUUUUUUCCUGCGCACAGGCGUACCACGCAUUUGCGGGAGUGUACAUACCUGUACACAUGUACGGAUAUGAACAGAUAUUCCAUUUUUACGUGGUCAUAAUUUUAUGCAUAACUAGAUAAACAAACUCGCUUUGCGCGACCCGCUCGACGUGCCACAACAGAGCAGCCUCUAUAGAUGAACCUCUAUUGACAGAUAAGGACGCCUUCACUUAUAGCAACAUGAAUGAAAAUGAAAGGUUGAAAAAAAUUUUAGAUGAAAAGGAGGAAGUGCUGGAGGCCAAGGAGGAAGAAGACUCACUCGUGGAAAACAAGGCGAAGGAGUUCGAAAAUAUUUCGAAGAAAAAUUUGGACGUCCUAAAAUUUCUGAACAAACAAGAAUUGAUGCUAUUAAUUGACAAACUGGACCAUGAUGAUAAGCUCAGCCAGAUAAUAGAGAAGGAAAUUAAGCAGGACACGUUGGAAAUUCUGAAAAAUUACGAAAACGAGCAGUACGACACGCUAAAGCUGGACGAGAAGGACGGAAAGGAGGAAAAGGAGGAGGACGACGAAAAGGAAGAAGAGCAGGAAGAGAAUGAGUACCUGAAGUUGAGCAAGUUCAUUCCGCUGAGGCUGACGUAUGAGGAGAGGCUGUACCUGAGGCUGCUGGAAAGUACCCUGGAAGUAAGCGAGUACACAGACAAAAUAGACGUAUUUCACAGUGGAAAUAAGAGCAAGAAAAUUAUAAAGGAAAUUAAAGCACUAUGUUCUAUACUGUCCGGAUUGGUUAUUGCAAAUAAUUAUGAAAAUGGGCAGAAAUUAAUUCGAGACAGAGAUUUUCUAAGGAACAGUAACUUCUUCAGUUUUGUUUUCGAAAUAGGGAGACGCUAUAAAAUUUUGAACCCAGACAGAAUGAGAAGUAGCUACGGAAAAUUGAUGUACUUUCUAAUGGAUACCAGAAGAGAAGAAAUCUACGACUUGUUGUCCUUCAACUGUGUAGCCCCAAUAAAAACUGUGUACGAUUUAUUGAAAGGGAAAAAAAAUGGACUGGAUGUUCUAAAUGACAAUUUGAUAAAAAUCGCCACCAUGCAUAUAGACGCAAAGGGGAGCAGGAGUGAAAUACAGAAGCAGAUUAAGCAGAAGGAAGAAGCAAUAAAAUAUUUGUCGAGGAAAUACGCAAGCAAUAGCAGCAAAAAUAGUAAAAAAAAUUUGUUCAGAAUUAAUAUCCCCAUUUUUAAUAAUCAAAAUAAUGAAGACGAUGAUGCGAAUAACGCAGAAGAGUUACAAUUCUUGUCGUCUGAAGAAAUUGAAAGAUGCCUCUACAGUUUAUGUGAUUAUAAUACACAUAUAAAAAUGUUUUGUGAGCCUUGCGAAAUUAUGAUUGAUUAUUUAAAAACUUUUUAUGACCCUUAUGAGAAAAAUUCUUCAUAUUCUUUAUCCAUCGAAUCCGGGAAACAAGGAAGUAGACUCACACACUCGCAUAAUAGGCAGUACAUGUACGUUUUACAAACCUUAUAUUUGUGGAAAGAGAUAGGGGAACACAUGUUUUUCUUGUGGGCCUGCGCAGAAAAUGAUAUGCUUGAUUUUAAGAACCCCUACCGAUUGAUGGACACCGGGCAGGGACUAAACCGCAUGCAGAGUGGCCACAAAGUGCUCAGUGUUAUGAAGAAAAUUCUGCACAACGUUCAGAAGAAAUUGGGGGGAUGGGUUGGCUCUAGCAUGAUUCACAUGGGCGACACCAACAUCCCCAACACGUUUAUGUUUAUCGACAAGUACACGCAGGUCCCAAGGAUCCUAACGCCAAUCGUCCUUUGCUUGCAGAAAAUCGAUGAGCUCUAUAACUCAACAGCCUCGAUGAAAAAUUACAUCAAGACGGAAUUCAACGGUGCCCAAAAUUUGAAAAUGAUGAUCACCUGCGAUUUCUUUCGCCACGGAUUCGACGGCAGUGGUGGCGACAACUUCAACGAAGCCGGAAGUUGCAUCGACGGAAGGUUAACCUCCGCCUGGAAUUGGUGUUCUAAAAUUGAAAAGAAAAAAUACUUCCCCAUAUUUUUGCUAACCGGAUUUGUUGGUUUCGAUGGAACCUUUUAG